GGACGAUGCGGGGGAAAAAAAAGCAAACAGUUGAGUGAACGGCGGCAGUGAGGAGCGGAGUGGCGGAGAGCGCAGCGAGGCACGCGCGGUGCGCAAAGGAAGCGGACGGAGAACCAAGAGGACACGUCUGCCGAAGCUUUUCAAACCAGACACCGGCACACAGUGAACGCGCGCCUGCUGUUUUUAUACGGAUUAUUGUUUUAUUCCAACUUCCCAGCGUUACUGUUUUUUUUUUUUUUGCGCUGCGCUGCAUUGGAACGUGCGCCGUCGCUGCCCCGAGACUCCGAUAAAAAGCAAGACGGCACAGCUAUAAUAUUAAUAAUAGUAAUAAAGACUCUACAGUGAUUUUUUAAAUGAUUGUACAUUAAUGGGACAGACGUCCCCGCACGUCAAAUGCAUCUCGGAAACUCCUUUACGCAAUUUGGAGAGUUUUACCUCCAGACUGAAAUGGGCGAUGGAAAUUCCCAUUUGACCGUUAACGGGGAAUAAAAAGUUUUUUUUAAUCGAAGUGCGCUUGUUUUCCCGGCGAUGAUUGUGCUGUUCGUUGUCCUGUGCAUCACGGAUGGAGCGCUCUCCCAGAUACGCUACUCUGUGCCGGAGGAGGCGGACCACGGCACCUUGGUGGGGAAUAUCGCCGAGGACCUGGGGCUGGACCUCACGAAGCUCGCCUCCCGCCGCUUCCAGGUGGUGCCCAGCUCCCGCACCCCGUACCUGGAGGUCAACCUGGAGAACGGCGUCCUGUUCGUUAACGAGAAGAUGGACCGGGAGCACAUCUGCAAACAGGGCGCCAGCUGCCAGCUCAACAUCGAAGUGUUCUUAGACAACCCGCUGGAGCUGUUUCGGGUCGAAAUCGAGGUGGUGGAUAUUAACGACAACCCGCCGAGCUUCCCGGAGACCGACAUCACGGUAGAAAUCUCCGAGAGCGCGACUCCGGGCACGCGGUUCCCGCUGGAGAGCGCGUUCGACCCGGACGUGGGCUCCAACGCUUUACGCACGUACGACAUCACCACCAACAACUACUUUUACCUCGACGUGCAGACCCAGUCGGACGGAAACAAGUUCGCCGAGCUGGUGCUGGAGAAGCAGCUGGACCGGGAGCAGCAGGCGGCGCACCGCUACGUGCUGACGGCGGUGGACGGCGGGCAGCCUCCGCGGACCGGCACCGCGCUGCUGGUGGUCAAGGUGCUCGACUCCAACGACAACGUGCCGGUGUUCGACCAGCCCGUGUACACGGCGAGUCUGCCCGAGAACGCGCCCGUCGGCACGCUCGUCAUCCAGCUCAACGCCACCGACCUGGACGAGGGGCUCAACGGGGAGAUCGUCUACGCCUUCAGCAACCACAUCUCCGGCCGCGUCAAGGACCUGUUCGGCAUAGACGCGCGCACCGGGCGCGUCGAGGUGCGCGGCGAAGUGGACUUCGAGGAGAGCAGCCUCUACCAGAUCUUCGUCCAGGCCAAGGAUUUAGGACCGAACGCCGUGCCCGCGCACUGCAAAGUGCUCGUCAAAGUGGCCGACGUCAACGACAAUGCCCCGGAGAUCCUGUUCAGCACCGUCACGGAGUCGGUGAGUGAGAAGGCGGCUCCCGGUACCGUCAUCGCGCUGCUCAGCGUGACGGACCGGGACUCGGAGGAAAACGGACAGAUCCACGUGGAAAUCCUCGGGGACGUCCCGUUCAAGUUAAAGUCGUCUUUUAGAAAUUACUUCACCAUAGUGACCGACGGCCCGUUGGACCGGGAGCAGGCAGACUCCUACUCCGUCACGGUGGUGGCGCGCGACAAAGGGACGCCGUCGCUCGCCACCAGCAAAUCCAUCCGGCUCCAGGUGUCCGAUGAGAACGACAACGCGCCCACGUUCACGCAGCCCAUGUACGACGUGUAUGUGGCCGAGAACAACGUGCCGGGGGCCUACAUCCACUCCGUGACGGCCCUGGACCCGGAUAUCGGGCAGAACGCGCUCAUCAGCUACUCCAUAUUAGAGUGCGACAUUCAGGGCAUGUCCGUCAAAACCUACGUGUCCAUCAACGAGGAGACAGGGUACCUGUACGCGCUGAGGUCCUUUGAUUACGAGCAGCUGAAGGAUUUCACCUUCGUGGUCCAGGCCAGAGACGCGGGCACCCCCGCGCUCUGCGCCAACGCCUCCGUCAAAGUCAUCAUCGUGGACCAGAACGACAACAACCCGCUGGUGCUGGGCCCGCUGGGGAAGAACGGCACCGCCAAGGAGCCCCUGCCGCGCUCAGCGGAGCCCGGGUACCUGGUGACCCGCGUGGUCGCCAUGGACGCGGACGACGGCGAGAACGCCCGUCUGUCCUACAGCAUCCAGAGGGGCAACGAGAACGGCAUGUUCCGCAUGGACUGGAGGACGGGCGAGCUGCGGACGGCGAGGCGGGUGUCGGCCAAGCGGGACCCCCACCAGGCGUACGAGCUGCUGAUCGAGGUGCGGGACCACGGCCAGCCGCCGCUCUCCUCCAGCGCCAGCGUGCUGGUGGCGCUGGUGGACAGCGUGGCGGAAGGCCACGGCGGCGGCGGCGGCGGCGGCGGCGGGCGCCAGGAGGGCGCCGCCGUGGCCAAAGACGGCGCCCUGGACCUCACGCUCAUCCUCAUCAUCGCCCUGGGCUCCAUCUCCUUCGUCUUCCUCCUGGUCAUGAUCGCGCUGGCCGUGCGCUGCCAGAAGGACAAGAAGCUCAACAUCUACACGUGCCUGAGCAGCGACUGCUGCCUGGGCUGCGGCGUGUGCUGCUCGCGCCAGAGCCGGGCCCGCAAGAAGAAGCUCAGCAAGUCCGACAUCAUGCUGGUGCAGAGCGCGGCCGGCGGCAGCGGGCCGGGGGCGGCCCAGGUCCCCGUGGAGGAGUCGGGGAGCUUCGGCUCCCACCACCAGAACCAGAACUACUGCUAUCAGGUGUGUCUGACCCCAGAGUCCGCCAAAACCGACCUCAUGUUCCUGAAGCCGUGCAGCCCGUCCAGGAGCGCCGACACCGACCACAACCUGUGCGGGGCCCUCGUGACCGGCUACACGGACCAGCAGCCCGACAUCAUAUCCAACGGCAGCAUUUUAUCAAACGAGACCAAACACCAACGGGCUGAGCUCAACUACCUGGUGGACAGGCCGCGGCGCGUCAACAGCUCCGCCUUCCAGGAGGCCGACCUGGUCAGCUCCAAGGACAGCGGCCACGGCGACAGCGAGCAGGGAGACAGCGACCACGACGCCACCAACCGGGGCCACUCCUCGGGCGCUGACCUUUUCUCUAACUGCACAGAGGAGUGUAAGGCCCUGGGCCACUCCGAUCGCUGCUGGAUGCCAAGCUUCGUGCCCUCCGAUGGGCACCAGGGCCCAGACUACCGCAGCAACCUCCACGUGCCUGGAAUGGACUCGGUCCCAGACACAGAGCGGGGAAAAGGCUUUGCUAGCUCCUUUCACAUGGACUUUUCGGACACUACGUGACUUUGUAUAAUCACUCCCCGACAACAAAGGCCAUAAAACAGAACCUUGCCCUCCAUCACACACAUCCUCAACCAGUCAGAAAUCCAAACCAUUAUGACUGCAAACACAACAAGAAACGACCCUCUCAAGGAAAAAAGUCUCUGGAAUUUCUUGGAUCACUGCCGGGCUGAGGAGGACGGACGCUGAGGAGGACGGACGCUGAGGAGGACGGACGCUGAGGAGAACGAUAGAUGGAGCCUUACUUACCUUUAUCUCAGCAGGACUGAGAAGCAUCACAAGGAGUGUGUGCCUGUUUACAGUAUUGAUGUAUACAAAUAAACUGAUCACUGAACUCAAAGCACCACUGAGCCCUUUAGUGUGUGUGUGCUCACAGAGAGACGCCAAAUUGUACAGGAACAUGUUUGUGCAUUUCAAAAUGCAAGACCACAGUUUAGGUUACGUUACUAGGUUCUGUGGUUCGGGUGUCUCUGUUACAAUCUACUGUAAUUUGUAAGGAACUCAUUCUUUUCUUGGUUUGGUUUGGUUUGGUUUGGUUUGUUCACCACAUUGUGGGCUGCGACAGUGUUUGACCUACACUCUUCAGUAGUUUCUAUCAUGUGUGAGAUGUGUUUAUUAUACUCCUUUAAAAGUUUAAAGCUGAAUAUAAAAGUCCAUAUACAGAUUUAUCUAUAUCUGUUUGUUCUAAGGGAACGCUCCAUUUGCUGGGUUCCACUUUCUGAUUCACAGGUUUGACUCUAGGCCCGAACACAGCGUGUUCCCCCAGUGGGAGCCACAAAGUGAGACAAAACAGCCUCAGCCAGCGUAAAACCCAACGUGUCAUUGUUUGACAUUUCAUUCUUUUCUAUGUCUAUAAAUAAAAACAAGCUGCCACUGGAAGCAGGAAGUUAAAGGUCCAUUUAGAGCCUGGAGAAUCAACAAAAAGAUGUUUUAUAAAAGCCUUUGGGAUCCAGUAAAUACAUGUUCUUUUCUCACAUAUUACACACAUUAUUAAACACGGUAUACAAACAUGCCGAUAUGUCAACAAUAAACAGAAAAAUGCAGGAAAUGGAGGUCUCAUGCUUUUAUUUGAGGGACUUAGCUAUUAUAAUAUCAGCUUGCACUAACGUGGCUUCUCAGCAACCCCCACCGGCCCACGGCUCAUUACCCAGGUUGGGUGUGUUCAGGUACUGUAAUCAGCAGUUGGAAGAUAAGUAGCAGUUCUGCAGGGACCGCUGGAAACCAGGCAGGACACGGUCCCUGAGGACCCGGGUUCAGAGCCUCUGGUCUCACUGUGUGGAGGGUUUUAAAAUGGGAUUCAGAGGCCUGUUGUGUAAUAACAAUUUUAAACUGUACAAUAAUUUUACAAUAAUAAUUUAAACACUUUCUGGCUCUAUGAGCUUACCAUUAUUUCUUUAAAAAUGUGUUCUAUGUUAAAAUAUUAGGUACAAACCAGUAUAGGUAUGUAUUAUGAUAAUAUAUAUAUAUAUAUAUAUAUAUAUAUACAUAUACACACACGCACGCACACAUAAAUACACUCAUGAUUGGAGGCAAAUAGAUGGCGGUGACCUCAAACAUGUCACGCGCUGUCAAAUUGAGACGCGUUCUGUGACCCACUCAGAGCAGCAGAGGAGGUCUGUGUGUUCAUUAGUCUGAAGUUGAUGCAGCUGUAAUAAAGCUUUGAUACAGA